GUGGUGCUGAUGCUGAAACAAAAAGUGCAAAAAUCUAACUAAAGGUUGUUCCAAUAUGGUACGACGAUUUGCGUGCACUUUGACCGGCGUCCAGUGAUUAUCGAGAAGAAGAAAAAAAAGAAGCAGACACCCAGCAAAAUGUUCAACUGUUGUGGCAGACGGUAUAACUACCGUCCCAUCGAUCUUCAACUUCAACCGAGUGGCUUCGGCGUGCGCCAUGUCCAGACGGUUCUGCUUUUCUUCGGCCUGACGGUGGCCUACGCCCUGCGCGUAAAUCUGUCCGUUGCGAUCGUCGUCAUGGUUGACAAGAAGUCCGCCAAUCCGGACUUUGAGGAGUAUGAUUGGAACGAAAGAACAAAGUCGCUCAUCCUGAGCAGUUUCUUCUGGGGCUACGUCGUGACGCAGAUUCCGGCUGGGCAGAUGGCUCAACGUUUCGGAGCGAAGGUGCUGCUGUUGGGUUCGCUCGGGGUUUGCUCGACGUUGGCCGUUUUGACGCCCUGGUUCGCGCAUAUUGGCGGAAGUCAGCUGGUGAUUGCGUUGCGGGUGGUUCAAGGGUUGAGCCAGGGAUUCAUCUUCCCGUCGACGCAUACGAUGCUCUCCAAGUGGGCACCGGUGAGUGAACGAGGGACGCUCGGCACGUAUUGCUACGCUGGGGCGCAGUUCGGAACAGUGGUCAUGUUGGCAGUUAGUGGAGUUCUGGCCGCAUCGUCCAUGGGUUGGCCCAGCAUCUUUUACAUCUCUGGUGCGGCCGGAUGCAUCUGGUCGGUGCUGUGGUUCUUUUUUGGCAGUAACUCCCCGGUGGAACAUCGCAGCAUCUCCCCAGAAGAGAGGAACUUUAUCGAGAGUUCGCUCGGCAAUCAGGAUCACAGCAAGAAGAUUGUAACACCCUGGAUGGCGAUCUUCACAUCGGCUCCGAUGAUUGCACUGAUCGUCGCUCACUGCAGUCACAACUGGGGCUUCUGGACGCUCCUGACGCAGAUGCCAACUUACAUGAAAAGCGUUCUCGGACUAGAUAUUAAGAAAAAUGCCCUGCUGUCUAGUUUGCCGUAUCUUGCCAUGUGGAUACUCAGCUUCGUUUUCAGCCCAAUCUCGGACUUCCUGAUCAACCGACAGUACCUCUCGCGGGUCGUCUGUCGAAAGCUGUUCAACUCGAUCGGUUUGUGGAUUCCGAUGUGUGCCCUGCUGGGACUGGCGUUCGUGCCCAAGGGAGGAACCGAUUUGGCCAUCGCUUUGCUAACCGUUGCUGUCGGUAUCAAUUCGGCUACGUACUUGGGCUUCCAGGUCAACCACAUCGAUUUGGCGCCGAAUCACGCUGGAACCAUGAUGGGUAUCACGAAUUGUGCGGCGAAUAUUAUGAGCAUUAUUGCACCGCUCAUCGUGGGUGAGGUGUUGACCGAUGAGAAGGAUCCCAUUCAGUGGCGAACCGUGUUCUACAUUGCGGCAGCCGUUUACUGUGUCGGUAAUUUGGUGUUCGUCACGCUGGGCAAGGCGGAAAUUCAGUCCUGGAACGAGCCCCGGAAUGCGUCCGACUCCGAGACUGGGGUGCCAAACAACCACAACAAUGCCAACGCCGUGGACCACGUGGAUUAGGGUGUGGGUGUGCAUUACCGCCACCUUCCCCACUUGGUGGGAGGGACAAAACAAAAACACGCCUAAAAGUACUUAGUCUAGUCCGGAACUGAUAUGUAAAUUAUGAAACAGAAAACAAUUACGAGUCGCACACGAGCAGAACUGAGUGCACACUUCCAGGAGAACCUGAGCGUCAUAUCGUCGUAAAAUCGAGUGCUCUUAACAGGAAAAGAUAAAAUGAUUAAAAAUGCAGGAAAUUUAGUAGCUUCCCGCGAAGCGCACUCGCCAAUUGGCAAAUGUGACUAUUAGUUGUUAUAUUAAAAUAGGGUACAAAAAGAGAAGAGAAAACGAGUCGAGAGGGAUUUCGCUUUCAGCCAAAAGAUAUCGAGAAUCCCUCUCGACAUUCCAACGCGCUAAACAAAGUAACGAAUAACUGCAUAUUUUUGUAAUUGUUAUCCAACUAUGAGAUAUAUAAAAUAUAUAUAUUUUUAAAGCCAAA